CCUUUGCGCAGGUUUUCAUUAAAACAAUUAUGGGGUUGCUAUGGACAACUCCACCCCUCUCCCUGUGCACCGGUUUUGAUAACUCUCCCCACAACACUUCCGUACAGGGGGUUAUACUGCCGGUAGCUGCAUGGACCCUCUUCUACACUAUGAAAACAGAUCCCACAAGUUCCCGGGCUUGGAGCCGCCGAUAGCGGGCAGGACAGCGGGUAACCAGGCGUCCCCUCCCCAUAAUGUCCCUCAGUCCUGCUCCGUCUAGACGCGUCAGUCUGCCUAGCAACCAAACCGCGCUGUUCAGCAAGACGACCAUGGGGCGGGAAGUCACGUGACUGUUCCGGCCACUUCACUUUGGUACUUCCAUGGGGGUUCUAGCCACCCCCCUGUCCGUGUUUUGCAGCAGUAGCGCAGCUUCCUCUAGCCCGGAGCCCCCACAUCCGCCGCCUCCUCCCCCAGCGCUCGUCACCCCUUCCUGUCACUUCCCCUCCACUACUUCUGUUGGAGAAACGCUAUACCCGCUAGCCCCGCCCCGUUCAUCGCGGGCACCAAUGGCUGACAACUCUCAAUAAGUUUUACCCCGUGGGGUCCGCCCACCGUCCUGGCCCCGCCCACCACGGCCUCAGUCUAGGGUUGAGAGUCGCUCGCCAGUGUUCUUGUGUACGGAUGCAGCGCUGGCGGAGCGGGGCCGUUCUGCAUAUGAGCCCGAGCCGCGCCCGGGGAUGGACUGCACCGAGCCCUCAGCUCCCCCCUCCAGUUGGCAGCCAUGAUGAUCCUGACGAGGAAGCCCGAGGGCCCCAUCACAGCAGUGAGAUACGGAGAUGGAUUGUAUGAUUCCUACAUGAGGCUCGACCAAGUGGCAGCGCAGGAUGCUGCCGGGGAAAAAGAGAGCCCCUCCACCCUCCCUUCAAUAGGAAGACUUGCUAUAAGUGGAAAUAAGUUUACCAUGAAGGAUCACCAGCAAGUCAAGGUCCAGCAAUUAUUUGAGGACUCUGGCAACCGCAGAGUCAGUGCUGGACUACCAGGGACGGAUAGUGCUUUGCCAGUACUAACUAAAGAGAAAAGUUCUGACAGUUCAGGCACCUCAAAAUCAAGUGAUAGCUCCACCAAGUCCUCCAAAGCCACAUAUUUAAGUCCAGAACAAGCACUGAAGCAAUACAAACAUCAGUUAACUUCUUAUGAACUUCCGGAAAUCGUCACCUUCCCGGAAAUAUAUUUUAUAGGCCCAAAUGCUAAGAAGAGACAAGGUGUGGUAGGAGGUCCUAAUAAUGGAGGUUAUGAUGAUGACCAAGGAGGAUACACGUUGGUGCCUCAUGACCAAAUAGCUUAUCGCUACGAGGUGUUAAAGGUUAUUGGAAAGGGCAGCUUUGGGCAGGUGGCAAAAGUUUAUGACCACAGACUUCACCAGCAUUUGGCCCUUAAGAUUGUCCGCAAUGAGAAGAGAUUCCAUCGUCAGGCAGCGGAAGAGAUACGUAUCCUGGAACAUCUAAAGAAACAGGAUAAGACUGGGAGUAUGAAUGUCAUCCACAUGUUGGAAAGUUUCACCUUCCGCAAUCACAUUUGUAUGACUUUUGAGUUGCUGAGCAUGAACUUGUAUGAACUGAUUAAGAGGAACAAAUUCCAAGGCUUCAGUCUCCAGUUAGUACGUAAGUUUGCUCAUUCAAUCCUACAAUGCCUAGAGGCUCUGCACAGGAACAAAAUCAUCCACUGUGACCUCAAACCAGAAAACAUUUUGCUUAAACAACAAGGUCGCAGUGGAAUCAAAGUGAUUGACUUUGGCUCUAGUUGCUUUGAGCAUCAAAGAGUAUACACCUACAUACAGUCACGGUUUUAUCGGGCUCCUGAGGUCAUACUGGGAAGUCGCUAUGGUAUGCCCAUCGAUAUGUGGAGCUUUGGAUGCAUUUUAGUAGAGCUUUUGACUGGCUACCCAUUGUUUCCAGGUGAAGAUGAAGGAGAUCAGCUGGCUUGCAUGAUGGAGCUCCUUGGAGCACCACCUCCUAAGCUUCUAGAGCAAGCCAAGAGAGCUAAGAAUUUUGUAAACUCAAAGGGCUAUCCUCGAUACUGCACAGUAACAACACUUCCUAAUGGAUCUGUGGUCUUAAAUGGAAGCCGUUCUCGCAGAGGAAAGAUGCGCGGUGCUCCUGGGAGCAAGGACUGGGUGGCGGCAUUAAAGGGCUGUGAAGAUGCUCUUUUUAUUGAUUUCUUAAAAGGUUGUUUGAAUUGGGAUCCAACAGCACGAAUGACCCCAAGUCAGGCAUUACGACAUCAAUGGAUUUGCAAGAGGAUGCCUAAACCCCCUGUAACAGACAAGUCCUCAGGAAAAAGGAUUACCAGCCAUACCAGCUCUUUUCCAGGGAUUAGCUCCAAAUUACCCCCAGUAGUGGGUGUGGCCAAUAAGUUAAGAGCUAAUUUAAUGAAUGACUCUAACGGGAGCAUACCACUUCGAACUGUUUUACCCAAGCUAGUCAGCUAAUCCCCACCAAUACUAAGCACAGCAAUGAGGACUUUUUGCUACCAAUAACUUAACACAGUAACUGAAGGGUUUUUAGCAUUUUAAUUGUUUUUAUUUAAAAAAAAAAUGAUGAAAAUAUUUGGCUUUGUAAAAUCAGGAUUUUAUUUUUAUUCUGUUUAAAGGGCUAAGCAUUUCAAUCACCAUCUGGUACAAACUUGAUUCUCUUUCUUAUAGGUCAGUAUGUUCUUUUGAACAAGUAAAGCAAUAAUAGAAGAAUGAAGGCACACACAUAGACUGUUCUGUUUACUUGUCAAGCUGUCCGUUCAGCUAUUACACAAUAGGAGGUACCAAUAAUUCCAGUUUUGCCCACAUUUGCCUGCUUCACCUUGGCCAACCGUGCAGUUUGCCAAAAUUGACAAACUUAAGGGAAACAAAGACUUUUAGCCAUGAGAGAGAGAGAGUAGCCAAGAGCUGUUCAGUGUGCCACUUCCACUUUAUCAAUUGACUGGUCAGAGACAUAUUGACUUGAACCCCCUCCCACCCCUUGCAUUCAUUUAAAUGUUAAAGACAUAUUUGUGCAUUGAUUGCAUAAUUACCAUCAUGGAGAGCAGUAAAUAACUGAAACAUUAAUGUUUCUAUUCUUAUUUUGUUUUUCUGUCUUCGUUAGAUUAUGGGAGGUAUGAAGAGGUAUCUUGGAACUACUGAGAAUUACAGCUGAUAGAAUUUAUCUAUACAAGGAAAGGAGGGUGAUUUUUGUAACGUUCUUUCCUCGAAAGGUGCCCAUACAUCUUUAGCAGCUGUCGGCCGCAUGCUUGUUUGGCUUACAGCUGUUCUUUCCAACCCCCUUUGUUUUCAUGCUGAGGCUUACCCCAAUGUGCAUGUGUUUUAGAAUGGGCAGAAGAGAAAAAGCUAUAGUGACACCCAUCUGCUGGUGGCUUGUCUCCAGAGAGGGCUAAGGCAUCAGGCAUUACAAUUCUGUAUACCAGUUCCUCCUUUUAUGUGUCAUUACCUGUCAGGGUAGAGUUGGGAGGUUGCCAUGUGCACAAGAUAGUUGGCCGAUUUUGCUGACUUUUCUCUGUGUAUUGGGACCUUUAGUAUAUCUUGCAUGUAUCUAUAGUGGAAUACCUACAAAAUUGUGUUGACAUUCUCACUGUAUUUUAAGUCCGUUGUCCAAUAGAAAAACAGCCAUUUUCUGACUAUAAUCUGAUCGUUUUCUAAGGACAACAGUAACCUUUUUAUCUGUACAUAUUCUUAAAGGGGUACUCCACUGCUCAGCGUUUGGAACAAACGCUGGAGCCGAUAGCUCGGGCGUGAUGGCUGUCUCGCCCCCUUCCAUAGACUUACCUUGAGGGGGUGGGGCGUGAUGUGAAGGGGUGGGGCUAUAACAUCAGGAGCUACUGGCACCAGCGUUCGGAACAGUUUGUUCCAAACACUGAGCAGCGGAGUACCCCUUUAAAUAUUCCCAACUGUUCUUAAUACAGUCUUUAAAGCAGACUCUGUCAGAUGCCUUUAGCCCACAACCAGGGAUAUAAUGUGCAGCUGGCAUCUCUGUUACCUCUUUUAUUGCCAAGACAUUGUUUAUUUGAAUCCUUUCCUUUUAAGCCUUGUACUUUCUCGCACUUCACUUCAGAUCCAGUGCCAUUAGUUCUGAUAUUAUUUUGAAGGUGAGGAGCCAUAAGGGUGAAUUCACAUGUAAAUUUAAGCCAUACAUAGAAGCAAAUCCAUCACAUCAAAAAUCGAUUCCAAUAUCUCAACAGUAUGUUUAUAGAGCAGAAGAGGCUGAGCAGAUUGAUAUAAAGUUGUCGGAAAAGAUUCAGAAUAUACAGUAUAACUUGUAUAAUUCAGUAUAAUAACAGUAUAAUUCUAUUCUUUUAUAUGCCUGCUCAUUCUAGGUUUAGGAGUCCAGUGGGUGGUCCUCUUUAAUGAUUCACAGCUAUCUCUGUAUGUAAACCCAUACAGUGUAGACUCAGUCACCUACUAGGACCACCCUAUGGACUCCUAAACCCAGAAUGAGCUGGAAUAUAUGUUAAUAGAAUGUAAGCUAUACUGAAUGUUUUUGGCCCCAAAAGUCUAUAUCAAUAAGCUCAACUCUCGAUCUGUAAACCUGAUGCCCGUAGACUGGACUACAUUUUAUAAGGUGAUAGGUUCCCAUGAAACAAUUAUUUAAAAUGUGUCCCAUUUGAUGCCAAUGUUAGUUAUAUAAAGGUAAUGAUAUUCAUUCCAGCUUUGAUGCUUCAGGAUUUUUUUUUUUUUUUAUGGAGGAGCAAAACAAUGCUUAUGGCAAUCUUGGGGUCUGACUUGGUGCUAUGUCAAGUAAUGGUCAUUGAGGUGCAAUGCUCCAUUUGUGGAUCAAAUGAGCAAUGAGAUCUAUUCUUAUACUGUGUUUAAAUCAUUUUUCACAUUUAAGAUACUGACUUGAAUGGAAUAGAAUGAUGAAAUAUAAAUGCAGCGCCUGAAGAACGAUAAUUGUUUUUACUGGUAAAUAACCUAAAUGUAUAAAGUCAUUCCUGUCAAAUAUUGAUCUUUCUACGGGCAGAAUUAGUUGAUUUCAACGUGUGCUACAUUUUAUUGUUCCUCCAGGAUUUGCUGUGCAUUUGUAUAUGGGGAAAGACGUCUGCCCUUGACACUCUUUAUACUUUUUUAAUGGCAUGCUUGGAUGCAGUGUGUAAUUUUUUUGGGGGGUUUGAAAAUAUUUGAAUGAUGAGAAAACAUUGCAGUUGGUAUCAGAAUAUUUUAUGCGGUCUGAUAUACUCUGCCUUGGCUUCAGUUUUUAAGCUAUGUGGAAUAAUUUUAUGUAAUUUGAUCAAAAAAGGUUUUAACAAAUACAAUUGAUUUUGGAUAUUUACUCAUAGCCAUCAUGGUAUGUUGGAAAAUUGCAGAUGCUAUAUUAUUUCCCACAUACCGAUCAAUUCAUGUCAUUUAAAGGUCAGUAUAUAUUUCAAUUUUUUUUUUUUCUGCAUAAACUGAUGUCAUGUCAAGUACACGCACCAAUAAAAUGUGUAAUUAUUGGAUUGAGGUCUCUGGGACCCCCACUGAUCCUGAUAUCCCCAUUCUUAAAGGUUAUAUUUGAUCAGCAAAUGACCUUUUUGUUUAAAUCAAGUUUUAGGCUAAACAUAUUUAAACAUAUACACUUUAUAACACUUUUAUAUGUCAUGCUUGUUGGCAAAACAUUAACCUCUCUAAUAUAAUUCAUAAUUUUUUAAUCUUUUUAUGGAAAUCAUGACCUGUCUGGCUGCAGCAUCAUCUUUGUCCCAGCUGAAGCACAAGCUUGGACAAAGUUCAGGAAGUGAGAGCGGGACGAGUACUUCUUUGUGCUCAAUCCUGUCCUAUCAGACUACUGUCUGAAAACAGAGGAGAGGGUUACAAAGCAGCCUGCAGUGAUUGGAUGAAGAGACCCAGCACAGCAGACUCUGGGCAGCAGUAAAAUGCAUGGUGGGUGAUGCAAUCUUAGUGCUUGCUUCCAACAUGCCCCUUCCUGAGCAGUGGGUGUCAGAAUGAGUGAGCAACAGAACAGAGGCAUUUGCUAAACACAUAAAGACAUGUAAAGCAUCUGUAUGACCUAAUGAGUAAAAUAUUUGAGCAUUGUUUUUUUCUGUGAUAUGACAGAUAAGCUUUAAGAUUUAUUGGUGUUUUUUUUCUUCCCUAUUUUACUAUCUAUAUUUCAAAAUAGUCCUAAAAUGUUUAAGUUUUCAUUCUGGCCACUAAGCCUAAUAAUUAGCUGACACUUUUUGUUCUGUGCAGAAAACUUUUCAGCAAGCUUUCCCUUUUCAUCACAGGCAGGAUUAUAGUAAAAGGUGACACUAAUAUAUAAAUAGGACAGGUCCUGUCAAUUAACCAUAGGUGAUGAUCAAAACUUAACAUCCCACCCCUUCCUGCACAAUGACCUCUGCCCAUGUCACAAAGCAUGCUUAGAAAACUCUCCAUCAAAGUCUACAGGAACCCCUUAUGUCUCUUGUUUCCUUUGCCCACGGAGCUCGCUGUAAAGCAUAUCUCUUAAUGCUGUGCAGAAAUCUCAGACAAUAUGACUGCCCCAUAAUAAUGUACAAAAAACUAAUAAAUAAAAAAAAAUUGAAAUAAGGCCUGUGUAGCUCUUCGCUGAAUUGAGGUGAUAUGGUAAAGGCCUUUUUCGGAUUUCUUCUUCUUCUUUACCUCAGACAUUCUUUGAAGUUCAGUAGAGUUUAUGGAUAACAAAACAUAGGUUAAAAGAUAAAGCAUUGUUUAGAUAAAGGCAAAAAAGAAAGUGAUUGAAUGUAAUGUAAGGUUUAUACGUUGAGAGGCUUCUGUAUGUAUCGAGUGGAUCUGUUUAGAACCUUCAUGAGGGAAAAAGCCUCUAUUGUGCGGCAAAUCAGACAUAAGAGGGUUAGUACAUAUGACAGAAUAUCUGCAUUUAAGACCAGAUCUGAGACAGGAUUUUAUCCUUUUAUGAUGGGGUUUUCAUGUCCAUGAAAGUGCAAGAUGAAACUGAAGCAGUCACGUGCGCCCAUCACAGGUGUCUCUAGGGACAAUGGCAGAGAGAUCAGAAGUAUAAUGAGGGCGGAUGACAUUGUAGAUCAGAAGCAGCAAUGACAAAGCACAGGAUAAACAACAAUACGACGUGACACACCCGAGUAUACUUCCCUAUCCAUAGUGGGGCUUGUUUGGGGGGAGGACUUGUGUUUUAUAAAUAAAUAAAAUGUACAAUGUAGCUGAAAAGCUCAACAAUAGCGCAAAGCUAGACUAAGCACAGUAACCUCCCUGUGUCCCUCUAGCUGAACGACUCUAAGCCCCUUUAAUCCCUGAGAGGAAGAGAGAUGUAAUUCCCUGUUAAGAGACCUGGACUUCACUGCUUUGUAUGUGACGGGAUGUUUUUCUGCUAUGCACUACAUACGUUUUCUUAGGUCAUUCAGUGCUGGUUUCCUGUAAAUAGAAUACGUACAGGAAAUCCUGUGUGCAGUCAUACCACUUGGGUUAGUUGCUGGAGUGAUAUAUGCUGUCACAUUCUUCAGUUCAUAGGUUUCCUUAAAAAAGGAAAACCAUAGUGGGGCCCACUUAUGAGUAAACUCUUUUAGUUAGAGACAUUCUCCACUUCAGCUAUUUCUGCCCACAUCCUAGGACGUCCUCUAUAUAUAAGACAAAAAGGUACCCGCACUCACAGCGAGGAAACA